GAUUUUUAGUUUCCAUCAGUCUUACAGAGGACACAGAAAGGGGACUGUUAUUCUCACUAUAAAUCAAUGCAGAAAAACCUGUGAGAAAGAUGGGAAAUGCCUCCGAUUCCUCAGCGUUCACAUCCACCUUAUCAGAGAGAGAAGACCUGAUUUUUGGCACACUCUAUUUGCUCUUUGGCAUAGUCUCUCUCUGUGGAAAUUCCCUGCUUUUGCUGGUGGCCUAUCGUAAGAGAUCCAUGUUGAAGCCUGCUGAAUUCUUCAUUGUGAACCUGGCUAUCAGUGAUCUGGGCAUGACGGUGACCCUCUUCCCUUUGGCCACACCAUCCUUCUUUGCACACAGAUGGCUGUUUAACCAUGCGAUGUGCACAUUCUAUGCAUUCUUUGGCAUGUUCUUUGGCCUCUGCAGUCUUACCAGCCUGACAGCGCUAAGCACGGUUUGCUGCCUGAAGGUCUGUUAUCCAGCAUGUGGCAAUAAGUUCUCUCCGACACACGCUGGUGUCCUGUUACUCUGUGUCUGGGCAUAUGCCCUUGUCUUUGCCAUAGCUCCUCUAGCCAACUGGGGCAGUUAUGGACCAGAGCCCUAUGGGACAGCCUGCUGCCUUAAGUGGAAAGCUUCAACCAGGGAGGCAAUGAUCUAUAUUGUGGCCCUCUUCAUCUUCUGUUACCUCUUCCCCUGCCUUCUGAUCUUCGUCUCAUACUCGCUCAUUCUUUGGACAGUGAAAGUGUCCCGAAGAGCUGUGAAGCAGCACAUGUCACUACAGAGCAAAGCCAACAGCGUGCACAGCUUGAUUGUAAAGCUAAGCAUUGCUGUGUGCAUUGGAUUUCUGGCUGCCUGGACUCCAUAUGCAAUUGUUGCCAUGUGGGCAGCCUUUGGAGAUGCCAGCCAGGUGCCAGUUCUGGCCUUUGCCCUCUCUGCUGUUUUUGCCAAGUCCUCGACAACCUACAACCCUCUGGUCUAUCUGCUCUUCAAACCAAACUUCCAGAAGUUCCUCUCCAAAGACUUGUCCCUGCUGCAAGCUCUCUGCGCCAUCAUCUGCUGCAGCCACCAAAGAGUCGUCACACUCCAGUCUUUCCAGACCAGAGAGGGCAGAACCUCUGCCAGGCUCUCCACAGCCUUCCCCGAGUCCCCUGGGGCUUGCAGGAACUGCAAUGACACUUUUGAGUGUUUCAGCAACUAUCCCAGGUGCUAUAAGCUCACCCAGCAGCCGGACCCUACAGCCAUGCCCAAUCCCCUGGCAGACAGGCCUGCUUGCCAGCUGGCUCUGAAAAGGACCAUGCAGGUCAUGGUGCUUGUUACAAGGAAGAAGUCAGGAAUGGGGACUACAAGUGUGGCAGGAAAUAUUCUGCCUUCAGAUCUUGUGAAAGAUCUUAUCUGAUCAUCCAGAGGCCAGGAGCUCCUGAGCAGGGCUAGGCCUCGGCCUCCCCCAUCCUAGACAGGAGAGAAUAUUUUAACCUCAAAAAAAAAAUCUGUUUAUAUGUCUGAUGGGUCCUAACCUGCAAGACAUCCUUUAUGCGAUACAGAAAACUGUACACCAGCCUUCCAUUUUUGCUGUUGCAAUUUUGGGCCCACAAUUUGCCCCCUGCAAAAAUGGACACUGGUUUCUGAAAAAUCUGACUGUAUAUUACAAUUAUGGACGUUUCCACUGAAACAUGCGCCUCAGGGCCCUUUAUCUUUGGUUUUCCAUAUUCUGGUGCUUUGAUGGCCAAGCAUGAACUUUAUUCUCUUGAGAAGCAUUGUCUAGCAUGCAGGGCUGGGAGCUAGGAAGUCCAGAGUUCUGAUCCCAGCUCAGAUACAGACUCCUGGAGCCUUUUACAACCAAGUUACUUAAUCAUGUCAGUAUUCCCACUGAUCUACCUCACAUGGGGAUUGUGAAGAUUAAGUAGUUAAUGUUUGCAAAGUGCUUUGACUCCAAAGAGCCCUAUAUAAGCACUAAGUAUUAUAUUAGAUCUCGAGACAUCACUCUGUGCUUAUGCCAUAUAUCCAGUUCUCUCACAUUAAUGCAAGCCACCACCAUUAAUAUAAAAUAAAGUCCUGUCCUACAGAUAAGGAUUUGGGUCUAAGAUUAUCCUAUUCAACUAAUACAGAUUCUGUGUGCUGCUCCCCACAAUGUGAACAGCGAGACUGCAACUGCAGGACAUCUGUUUAGGUGGAUUUGCAGACUGGGCUUUAUUGUCCAUUUAGCUUUUUAAACAUGUAGGCAAAAAAUUCCUAGGGGAGGGGACUGGGGUAGAGGAGAGCAGAGUAGUUAUCAAAUUGCCUGAUCCAAAGCCCAUUGAAGUUAAUGGAAAAAAAAAAUCAUGAUUACAUGCUGAACCCUGUCACAGGGCAACUUACAAGGCAGAAAAAGAUGGAAGCAAGAAGCCUGUGCACCAAUCUGGUCAGCUCGCAUUGUUUCCAGAACUCCACCCUCUAAUGGCAAAACAGAGAGUGGGCACAUAUACGACAAAUUUAUAUAUUAACUCCUGCAUAAGCACUGCAAGGAAUGCAGUUUACUAGAACAUUUGGAUAAUUAAGGGAAUCCCAAAACAAGAAUAUCCUUCUGUGACAGAAAAAAGACUGCUACGUCCUGGAUAUAUACAAAAGGAUCUAAUGCCAGAAAUGCCUGUCCAAGAGAACGCAGACUGGAGAAAGAGUGGAUACAUGGAAGACACAAAGAUGCCCAAUAUCUUUACUAUAGAGUUGGCUAUUGGAAUUACAUAUCCCAAACCAUAAAACAAACUGGGGAAAAUGAAAUACAUACAACACCCUCAGGAAAAACAUCUUCAGCACAUGGAACACUAGCUACCGUGUUGUAUAAUAUGCAAAACAUUUCUAAGAUCCUGUAGAAACUCUGUUGGUUACCAGGAUCACUAAUCAAAUGAGAAGUGAGAGAAAACGCAUUAGAAAUGGAGCAGCCAGCCAGGUAACUCAUACACAUUCUGGAUGCACUGAAACCAAUGCAUCUUGGAAGAAGUUACUGGAUAAGAAGAAUGUCCACCCUAAAUACGGGGGGGGAGGGGGGGGGCAGAAAAUGCAUGCUCACAGUUGCUCCAGCCUUGCAGUGGUUUGACUCAUCUUGUGACUCAGCCCUCCAGCCAGACCGCUUUUCAUCCCACCCCUUUGAGGAUAAUAAAAUCCAACAAUCUCAUGGCCUCAAGAUGAGUCUUUGGCCCAAAUCUGGACUCAUUAGUAUUACAAUCACCCCCAGUCUCUAGGGCCUUCAACCAUUUUUUCCAGUGACUGGUAGGGGAACCCAGGCUUUCCCUCUCUUCUAGAUUCCAAGCCAGGGACCUUGUAUUAAGCAGGCAAGGUCUGUCUACUCAGGCCCUCUGCUUCUUCUUACUUCAGCUAUCUGCAGACCCCCCUUAAUAGCCCCUUCUUGGAGUAAUCCCAUAGCAACAUUGCUCACACCUACCCCAAGGGCUCAGGCUUCACCUGUCCUUCAGGGCUGUGGUUUGCAGGAUUCCCCUUAGAGUUCUCUAAAGGAUCCCAAGCCAACCAUAUACAUUUAAACCACCUCUGCCCUCACUAGACUUGAGCUUCAGUCCUUCAGAAAUCCUCCCUGAUACUCUGCUCUUCAGCUGAGCACCAGCUCCUCAGGACUGCCUCCCUGGAGUCAUAUCCCCAUUUUGAAAUCCAUCAUAGGUGCUAACUCCCUCCUAUCCCCCUCCCUUAUUUUCUACCAGAGUAAUCUCAGAGAGCGAGAACACACAGCAUCCUCUGUGACUGAGCUUUCUAAGUCCUUUUAAGGAACACCUGACUCUUCUUCAGGUGGAUCUGCUAAUUAACCUACUUACCACCCCUACAGGUGCCAGCAGACAGACUAAUUGAGUUCACAGGCUCCUGUAAACCCUCUCAAGACCAGUGUGGGAUUUAUACUCCAUCACAAGGGAAGGUGAGGGAGGGGGAAGAUAAUACAUGUUUUUAGCAGCAAAGGACCAGAUUUUGAUGCCCUGUAACCCACACUUGCAUUGAAUUGUACCUUACUAACACAAUUGGCUAUAUUGAUUUCAAUGGGGCUACAUGCAGAGUAAGGAUCUACAGUGUGAGUAUGGGUGGCAAAAUUUGGUCCUAAAUAAACAGAUUCUCCCAUCCACUGGAAAGACAGAGCAGCUCAGACACUAGGAAAAUGCCUCACAGUAUCUGCACUAAUAUUCAGCUGGCCAGAUGCCUAAAUAACACCCCCCCACACCCAAAAAAAUACAGAAACUGCUUCUAGACUAAAUUCGACAAACACAAUUAAAACAAGAUUGCAAAAUUCUCUCCCCUCGUUUGACUCUUAUUACUUUAAUGUAUCAUUCACAGCAUCUAUUCCCAACAUUGCCAUUCAGUUCUUGCAUCACUUUGGGUAAGUCACAUUACCUCUCAGUGCCUCAGUUUCCCCACUUGUAAGGUAGUUUAGCCUCUGUGAAAGCCUGAUUAUUGCUAAGAUUUCUAAAGUGAUUUUAGAUCCUCAGAUGAAAGGGGCUAUUGAAAUGCAAAAGCAUUGUUGAUAGGAUUCUUAUUUUCCAGGAUCUUUAAGUAUCUACUUCUGUUUCAUAUUAACAAAUGUAGGAUUGUCAUAAAUCAGAGUAACUCUCAGAGCCAGUGACUGGGUAACAGCUGCUCCUGUCAAUUUCACAUGGAGGUAGAUGGGACACUAAGUACUAAUAAGAAAUGCAGGAGCAGAAUUGCCAGUGCUAACUGUUCAAAAAUCCUGAGUCAGGUCCCAGAAAUCCAGGAGAUUGGCUUAAACAUUCUGAGAUUUAAAUAAAAUUUGGGGUACUUUAUACUUCCCUCUGGUUGCUGAGCCUCCAUGAGGUUUUCAAGCUUUUCUCUGUAACCAUAAGUAUGAAAUAAAUAAAUAAAAUGAAAAGUGAAAUUCUCAUCUAAUCACAUGAAUCUGGGAGCUGGAGCUUUAAGAAAAACACCAAAUAUUGUGAAAUUGUUGGAAACACUGAGUCACCUGGCAGAACAAGGAAAACAUUUUGAAAACCCUGAACACCCAUUAGACCGCAUCAUGACAAUUGGCCCAUGGACAGAGCAGAAUUCAAAACGGAAAGAGGUUGUUUUCACGAUCUACUUUGAAACCCUCAAGUGAAGGGCCUGGUCUCUCUGGGUCUAAGCUGCAUUAAGGCCUCUUCACACCUCUCUGGUAGUGUAAAUGGGGUUGGAAAGCAACCAGGUCUCCUUAGCUGGGGACUCUUCUCUGCUGGGAGACUCUCUAGCUGACAUAGAACAGAUACAGCCAGCUUAUAGCACCCCAUGUCGCCUCCCAGUGUAGGGAGUAUGAUGGAGGCAGAUGGGGGUCAGCCCAGAAUGCACUGGGCUCCAGUGAUCCCUGGCAGACAGAUGUGGGCUCCUGGAAUCCAGAAUAAUUUUGAGCAGCUCUGAAAUACUUUGAGGCGAGCAUGGAACUGGCCCAAGGUCAGGGAGCUAUGCUGCUCAGAAUCCAGCCCUCUAUGUUCUCACAUCAUUUUGUUUACCACUGAAAUCAUGAUGCUCCUCACAUAGCUCCUUUCAUCACAGGAGCUCACAUUACUUUGCAUUCAGCAAGAAAUUUAGCCUUCUCACAGUCCUGUGAGGUAGGUAAGAAUUGUUAUACCUAUCUGCAAAAGGGUCAACCAAGAAGCAGAGAUGUCAAGAGACACCAUUAAGAUCACAAAGAGUCAGUAGCGGAGGUGGGAACAAACCCAAGCUCCCUCAUGUAGUGAUUAGAGCAAGCUGCCUUCCUGGACACAUUUAUGAGCUAAUCCUAACAGUGAUUUUCUACAUCAAUUUUUCAGUAUCAUUAGUUACUUAACAAAACUACCCUGCUCCACAAUCCAUUCAGCAGCACUGCAGGGAAGUGGCAUUAGACAUUAAGGCACUUAACUGGAAUGGUAAAUUAUUUUCUCUCUAGUGAACUACUGGCAAAUAGCACCUCACAUAUACAGUGCUACUGUGAUAACAUGUUGCUCUGUAUUCUUUCCACAGCACACAAUACAUUACUUGUCUUCUAUAUUCUGUAAUCUGUUUCUUAUCUCUUUCUCAUGGAUUAUUCUCUGCAGAUACAGAUACUGCUAUUCUUAGAAUGCACUCUCUGAGCAGUGGAAUAUUGCUAUAUUUUCUUAGCACUGUGUGGACUUUUCAGUAAUGCUAAUACUUUACACUUCUGUAGCAGCAUCUGUUAUUCAGAGAGCACAAACCACUUUACAAAAUAUUAAUUAAUUUGAGCAUUUUACAAAAGAGAAAAGUAUUAUCCCCAUUUUACAUAUAGGGAAAUUGAGGCAUGGGAAGGUUAAGAGACUUGCCCAAGGUCACCCAAUCAAUCAGUGGCAGAGCAGGCAAUACAAGUCAGGCAUGUGGUACAAGUACUGUGCCUUCACCAGGACUAUAAUUCUGGUGCAUAGUUCUCCUGCCCCAGUUCACAGACUUUAUCCAAUAGCGCCUAAAACAUCUAGGGCUAAGAAUAGCCAUAGGGUAGAAGAGGAAAGCAAAGCUCACAUUCCUGGGGAGAGGGAGUUGCACUCUGUGCAGGAAACAGGAAGGAGGAAAAUCAUCCAUCAGCUGAUAAGAUGACACACAGUCCAAAAGGUUCUUCUGUAAUUUGAUAUUGGCUAUGGAUUGGGGCUUCAUGUGAGAUAAAUUUGUGAGUGUCUCAUUUCCACUGAGGAAGCUCAUCUGCCUCAAGAAAGUGUCUCUCUCCACUGGGCUGAUACUAUCCAGAGAAAUGAAAAAUAUCAUCAGAAACAAGCUUCGCUUUACAGGUGUCCAGAAAAGACACCUGUAAACCAAGUGACU